AUUUAUUUGUAAGCAUCUCUCUGCGCGGAGUCUUCAUUUGCAUCCCCCGGUCUCCCCUCCUCUCCUCUCCUCUCCUACUACUACUACCUAUCAGAUCUCUCUUUUCUCUUUCUCCAUCUUGUUCUCUCUCUAAAGAUUGUAUAUUAAAAAACAAUUUAGUGGGUUUUCAUGGAAACCGUUCUUGAAGCUGCAACCAAGGAGGUUAAUGGAACUGUAGCUGAGAAGAAGCCUACAGUUAUUUUUGUUUUAGGUGGCCCAGGCAGUGGAAAAGGUACCCAAUGUGCAAAUAUUGUUCAACACUUUGGUUAUACUCAUCUCAGUGCUGGUGAUCUUCUCCGAGCAGAAAUCAAAUCUGGUUCUGAAAAUGGCACCAUGAUUCAGAACAUGAUUAACGAAGGAAAGAUUGUUCCCUCAGAGGUAACCAUUAAGCUUCUCCAACGAGCAAUAGCAGAAAGUGGUAAUGACAAAUUUCUUAUUGAUGGUUUUCCCCGUAAUGAGGAAAAUCGAGCAGCAUUUGAGGAUGUUACAAAAAUUGAGCCAGCUUUUGUCCUGUUCUUUCAUUGUUCUGAAGAAGAGAUGGAGAGGCGACUUUUGAGUAGGAACCAGGGAAGGGAAGACGAUAACAUUGAAACAAUUAGGAAGCGGUUUAAGGUUUUCUUAGAGUCUAGUCUCCCUGUGAUUGAGCAUUAUAACUCAAGGGAAAAAGUUCGGAAGAUUGAUGCUGCAAGGCCUAUUGAAGAGGUUUUUGAGUCUGUUAAAGCUGUUUUUACCUCAAAAGAUGAGAAGGCUGUUUGACUACUGCUUUCAUAUGGAAUCUCAGACUAUAUCUGGCGAGGCACUAUAUUAUUGACUACGAAUGAUUGUACUCUGAAGGAUGAUACAUAUCUCUCUCCCAUUUGUUACUUUAUUUUUGUUACGUCAUUUGUUACUUAUUAUAGAAGGUUCUAGUUUAUGCUAUUGGGUAUAUACCUCCAUAUUUCUUCUACCAUGACUAUAUCUUAAUAACAAGUUCAAUAGUAAUUCUAAUAGCAAUAAAGGCUUCUUUCUUGUGUGUCCAACCAUGAUUUCCUCUCUUCACCCCUGGUUGGAUCAUGCAUGCAAAGGAGUAGAGUUUAUAAA